GUGAGAGUGAGCGCGCAGUGUCACGAUUCGCUCCAACAUGGUGGUCCCUGUAACUUGUACUAACCUUACGGUGAAUACCUCCUGGCUCUGUGAUUAGCGUUCAAGGUUCACCUAUGUCAGCUGCACACCGUAUCGCAGAGCACAGGUUGAUGCCCACGUGGCGCGAUACCCUUUGUUCCAAUGUUACUCUGAGCGCUACGCGCUGGUCGCCUCAGGUGCAAGUCUCGAGUAAACUACCUUCGGGUGUGCAGCGAUGGUGGGCACACGGCGUCUGUCGCGGCACUCCCAGUCGCACAAUACGGGCGCAUCAACUUCAGCGACGCUGGAGCCGCAGAGGCACUCAAGCGCAGAUCGGGAUGAGGGAGCCCAAGAAGGAGAGGAGCCAAAGCACGCGCAGCUGACUCGCCGAAGUAGGAAAGACAUCCCUCAGCCGUAUCCGCAGAGGACAUACGACUCGCACAAGACGCGUGCACAUUCACAUAAUCAGCUUCUCGGCACAGCCGUUGCCGAGAGCGAGGAGGGUAACCACGAUGGGCACACGUCCCAGGCGGAGGAGAAGCCCGCCGACAUGGAGGCUGCGGCAUCACCCAAAGUAGAAGGAGCGAGCGGUGCGCUCGUAUCGCUGCAGAAGAGAUCAAGAACGCAGCAUGGGCAUAAUGUGGGUCCAUCUAGUCAGUCACCCGUCAGCCAUGGCAGGAGAAUGAUGGGCACAGAGGGACACAGCGAACACCAAGCAGAGAAGGUGGAGCACGUGAAGGAAAGUCGCAUGCGGGGCAAAUCGGGUCAUCGAGCCGGUUCCCCGAGCGAUGAGUAUACAUACGCAGAUGCGGCAGGCGAAGAUAAUGACAACUUGCCAUCUCGGGCUACGCCGUCCACUGCGCAGCGCGUAGCAAUUCAAUCUUCUCACGCUACAGGCAAGCAGGAGAAAGACUCAAUUGAGGCAGCAACAAAAACGGCAGGUGCGAAUGGAAUUGCCAACCCGAAAGGUGGAGAGGCAGAAGCAGAAGCAGGUCCAGACGCUCCCGCAUGUCCGCAUCAGCCGUCAUCCACAUCUUCACCCCCAGCCGCGGGCCGUGCGCGUCGCGACGCGGCGAUCAAAGCAGCACAGACGACCGCGAAGCAGUAUACCAACCCAUGGGGGCUUGGGAACUCUUCCGCUGCAAAUGGCGCGCAAUCUAGAGCCGGUACCAAGUUGCGAGCUCAGUCACAACCACGUAACGUGGCCGUAAACAAGCACUUGGAUAUUGCUGAUGCUGCUGAUGAUGCUGUGCAGCGAAAUGAAAGCGAGACACCGGCUGCUACGCCUUCGGUUGUUCACUCGGCCAUUGGCGCAGGUGGGAAUGCAGGUGCAACCGUUACUGCACCUGCUCAUGCAAUUCCAUUUUCUUCGCAAGGGGCUGGUGAAGGUGAUGACGCUGGCGGUGCUGAUGAGACUGGCGUUACCAUUGACGCAGAGUCUCUCUCACCCUCCACGGGUUGCAUGCUUCGCGGCGUGGCGAUCAAAGCGACCAAAGCGACCCAGCAGCAGUAUAUUGACCCCUGCUUGGAACAUGACCGAGAUAAGCUUCUCAGUCCUACCACUGAUGUUGGCAGUGGCUUCGGGAAGGCCAGAGGAAGAGGCGGUGGAGCACAUCCUUCUGAGGAAGGAGGAAUCCGCUCAAGGAAGCGCUCGCGCUCCACGAGCACGGCGCCGACUGCAUCUUCGACCGCAGCGAAGAGGGCGACGAGCGCGAGCUGCAAGAAAGCCAAGGUGCACAAGUUGGCAGAAGAGUCGAGCGAAGAAGAAAUCAGCAGCUCGGACAAAGAUGAUGAAGAGGACGAAUCAGGCGACCAAGGCGACGCCAAGGGGAAUCAAAAGCCUGGCGAACCGGCAAGCGCGCUAGUCGCAUCUUCAUCGAAACUUCAAGAGCAUCAACAACAGCAGAAGCAGCAAGACGCACGACGGCAGCUGAGGGGAGAGCAGAAGCAGGAGAUCGAGGGCGAGGGCGAGGAGGCGCGGCGUAGGUGGGAGGCAGAAGAUGCAGAGUAUCGCCUACAUGCGAACGAAGAGCAUGAGGAUGGUAUUACGCCAGAGACCAUUUGGGAUGAGUAUGCCAAUGAUGGCAACUUUGAUUUGAUGCGCAAUGCCUUCCUCUGUAGCUUCAACGUGGAUGUCGAGCUCAAGGCGUCUUUCUGGGCGCGUGUCGAGCAAGGCUUCGUCCGGCAUCUCGAUUCGCUAGGAGAAGAGGAGAAGAAGCGCUCUAUCAGUCGCGGACAGAGAUGCGUGAUGGACGACUUCCUGAAAAGCAAAAUUUUCGACGAGCUCUUCGAGAGCUUGUUUGAGGAGCUCGUCGGCAAGAAAGAGUGGCCGCUCUAUGAGGAGGACCAGAUUCCCAAGUGGGCAAAGCAGCAACUAGGCCCACUCCAGACUCCCGAACGACGACGGGUGGCGGAGGCACGAAUUCAGAUGCAUCGGCAGACACCGGUACAGCAACCAAUGCAGACGCCAUCCCUCAACAGCGAGCUGUUGAAGGUGAAGAAACCAGCAACUGUUGAGACCCGUGUAGCAUCCCAAGGGAUGCGAGAAAAUGACAUAACCAUGGCGGUGAAAUCGACCCCGGCUUCAGCAGCAGUCUCGGCGCCCAUCGAAGCAUCACCUCUUAAGGGCGAAGGUGCAGAACCUACUACACAAAAGGAAGGGCAAAGAGGCAGCGAAAAGCUCGAGUCCGAGGCAGCGAAAGCUGGACAUCGCAUGGCAGAAGGAAGGGCGUGGCUGCAUCCCGGAGGACAAUUCGACACACGCAUCGACAGGGAAGUGCGCAGCAUCGUUCGCGAGCAACGGCGGCGAGCGUUAAAGCGUCAAGCUGAGAAUGCCCUCUUGUCUGAAGAAGCAGCGGCUGCGGCUGGUGGAGAUGACGAGCAGGUAACAAAGGCUGACACGGCGGCUGCUGGCAUGCUGCCGCCCGAACAAGCGCCCACUCCAGCUACCGUAGCAAUAUCCAACGUACCAGCUCUCGCUUCUGCAGUACCGGCAACAUCAGCACCCAGAAGGUCUGCGACAACGACUGGUCCUGCCCAAGCGACUUGUUCAACUUCUCGCUCGCCGAAAAGCACGGGGAAGAAUCCUUGUCACGAGAAAUCAGAGUACCUGCUUUUCAUGGGAGGAUUAGCUAUGAAAACCCCGGUUACAGCGGGCUUCAACAAACUCCUGAGCGGUCAAAAGAAGCAGAAGCUGGAUUAAUCGUGACCGUCUUUCUUCGAUUCGCGAGCGAAUCCCAGCACUUUUUAUAGUUGUACUGAAAAUUAUCGGAACUCAAAUGUUUACAAUUGUGC